UCUCCACGUGUCGCCAUGCCCUUCAGCAGCCUUCCCAGCUUUGACAUGGUAGGCCCAGAUCGGAGCGCCAUCUUCUUCGAUGCCAUCAGCACCAUGCGCGCGGAGUACGAUUUGGUGCUGGCAGAGAAUCGGGUCCUACGAGAGUCGCAGAUGAGGUCCGGAAGUCCACCGGAUCCCACGGCCAGCAUGACCAGCAUUGACGUGCAGCGAAGCGCCACCCAGGACAGCACGCCGCGGCAAAAUUCGGGGAAUGUGCAGAAGGCCUUGUCUGCCUCAAGCCAGGAUCAAGAGCAGAUGGAGACUAACAAACCCACACCUCGAGCUCGACGCAACUCCGUCUUCCCGAGCCAUCAAAGCGUGAGAAAUUCCAUCGAGACCGCCCUUCAAGAAGGACCCAAAGAGGGUAGGUUCACGCGGGAUUCCACGUGCCGACGAAUCGCCUUAAAUCCGCACUUCCAAACUCUGGACAUGGUCAUGAUCAUCUUUUAUGCCGUGUGGAUGGGCAUCGAUGCGGACUUGAACACGGAACUGCUCAUCACCGAUGCACAGGCAGUUUUCCAGACGGCAGAUCAGCUCUUUUGCGUCUAUUUCGUCGUAGAGUUUUGCAUUAGAUAUUUUGCUUUCGAGAAGUGCUGGGACCGCUUGCGUGAUCCCUGGUUUGUGUUGGACUCUUUCCUGGUGCCUCUCACGGUGUUCGACACCUGGGCCAUGACCGUGAUCUCAUUGACUUCGAACGUGCAGCACGACGCCGCCGCCUUCGUGCGCCGAUCAGAGAUCAUUCGCCUCUUUAGGAUUUUGCGCCUCACACGUCUUGGACGAGUGGUAAAGUUGGUGAGGUUCUUUCCAGAGCUUCAGAUCCUGAUCAAAGCCAUUGUUACUGCCUUUCGGGCCGUCUUCUUUGCCCUCCUCCUGCUGUUAGCCUCGCACUACACCCUGGCCAUUGCAUUUCAUGUAACCCUGCAGGGACAAGUGGUCGGAACGGAGAUGUUCGGUUCUGUCGUAGCUUCGAUGCAGACGCUCUUCGUUCAUUGCACGCUCCUGGAUGAGGUCUACCAGUUGGUUAACGAGCUCUGGAAAGAAAAGCUGUGGUUCCACCUGGUAUCUGUCUACUGCGUGAUGUUUAUCAAUGCCAUCACUCUGAUGAACAUCUUGGUUGGAAUUGUGGUCGAAGUGAUCAGCACGGUGGCCAUGGCCGAGAGGGAAUCGGUGAAGGUGCAGUGGGUCAGCGAUAUCAUCUGUCAAUUUAUGGGAGACGCCGACCGGAUUCAACGAUCUGAAUUGGUUGCAAUCCUUUGCGGCCAACAUGCCAUGUCAUCCCUGAAACUCAUAGGUGUGGAUGCUGAGACGCUAAUGGAGACGGUGGACGCGUGCUUCAAGGACUCUCGCUCCGCGAAGUCUGGUUUGGAACCAACGAUGAGUUUCGACGAGUUUGUGGAAGUGGUGCUGGGGCUGCGGGGAAGCAACACUGCCACCGUGAAGGAUGUGGUGGAGCUAAGAAAGAUGAUCCGAGGGAUGCAGAAGGAUAUGGUUCGCCUCCAAGAACAAGCACUGAAGAACAGCAGGCCGAUCACGGACCAGCCGGAAGGAGGUGGCUAUUUGGUAAAAUGGCAGGAGUCAGGAACUGGGAGUGAGAGCAGCCGCAAUGUUGUAGAAGUCAAUAGUGUGGUUCCCACGGAGACAGGCCAUGGAAGCUGUUGCACCUGGGACGGGAGCCCCUACGGCAAGGAUUUUCAGGAAGGCACAAGUGCAGCUUCACUGUGAGGGCACGGAGCGCGGAAUCCAGACGCGCGGCCGACAGACUUUGACCAAUACGGGCGUGUGCUUCCACGAAGAAAUGUGGCGGUCCAAGUUGACCGCUAUGAGAUCUUCAUUCCAAAGGAAUGAAGCCCAAUCCUCAGCGGGG